ACUGAUUUCAUAUCCCGUAUUGUGUUGAGUUGUGAGUUGUUUAGUGUCGGGAUUCAUGAAGAUUUUGGGCUGAAGAAAUUGGAUAUAUGAUACCAAAGACGAUCUAACAUGGCUGUUACAUAAACGACUAUGAGGUUUGUGUCUUAUAUAUAGUGAUAUAAGUGGGUUUCAGUCUGUGUUGCUGGGCAGACCAAGUUCACCUUCAGAAAUGCUGACACUUAAUAGGAACAGGAAAAUUAAACUACAUUGUAGUUUAUUACAUCUCUUAAUUCUGCUCAUUUGCCACAAAAAUACAAGACUACGUGCAUAUAUAAUGAAAAGAAUGAACAUUAUUUUGCCAUUCUGCUAACUGCAGGUUGAACACCAUCUGAUGCACGAUACUGCUUACAGUGAAACACAUCAAAUUUUUAUACAGGAAAUGUACUCAUAUUUAAAGAGUAUGUGGGUUAUUUCAAUUUGUUGAUUUGCACGAUUAUUUUUUUGAUACAAGUGAUUAUCAGAACGAGAAGAUAUAUUAUGUUGAUUCUUUUCAUGGUAUGAUAAUAGUUCCGUAUAUUUGUUAUAUUAUUCCGUAUAUCUUAUGAAUUCUAUUAUAUACAAUAAUAGAAUUAAUAAGAGAUGAAGUUGAAUUUUCCUGCUUCAAUAAUUAUAUCAACAUUUCAAAAGUUGAACACCAUCCCACUGGCCAGCAACGCUUACUAGAUUAUCCAAUGCAGUGUAUGAGUACCAAUAUAGUUAUCGUAAACUAUACCGUGUUAUCUGAGUUACCGGUAUCUAUAACUCGCCAAUAAGCCCUGGCAAUACGUCCGCUUCGAUAUUACGGUGUCUAUCUUGUUUCGUAUUGACAGCUUAAACAAACCACUUAUUUUGGGUAAAUAAUGUCUGGAUGAAGCAUAGUUCUUACAAUUUUUUCCUCUCUGCUUUCAUAUUGUACAGCUUGUUUUAAUAUGGUAAUGUUAUAGUUAUAAACUAUAUGGACCGUUUAAUUGGUGCGAUAAAUCAUGCACAAUAUUGUGUAAUGUAGUGGUUCAUGCAUGCAAUAGUUCAUGUAGAAGUUGUCGUGUUUUGUGUCUGAACUACCCAAGAAAGAUAUCUCAAACGUGAUUGGUCAGCGUAGGACUGUAUGUAGUAUUCUACAAUAAGUUGUCAUGGUUUCUGGACUACCUGAAAAAUAUAUCUCAAACGUGGUGGUCCAGUGUAAGUAUAGUAUUCUACAAUAAGCUGCCGUGGUUUGUGUUUGAACUACCUGAAAAAGAUAUCUCAAACGUGGUGGUCCAUUGUAGGUAGUAUUCUACAAUAAGCUGUCGUGGUUUGUGUCUGAACUAUCUGAAAAAUAUAUCUCAAACGUGCUGGUCCAGUGUAGGUAGUAUUCUACAAUAAGCUGUCGUGGUUUGUGUGUGAACUACCUGAAAAAGAUAUCUCAAACGUGGUGGUCCAGUGUAGGUAGUAUUCUACAAUAAGCUGUCGUGGUUUAUCUAAACUAACUUUAUUUAUACUGGAUAGCUCUAUCAGUUCUAAACUGUUCUUCCUAGAGGUCCAGGAAGGAUCAUCUCUUAUUGAUCCAGUGUUACUACAGGAGGAAACAUAAACUAAACUAACUUGAUUUAUUAAUAUACUGGAUAGCUCUAUUAGUUCUAAAUUGUUCUUCCUUGGAGGUCCAGUUAGGAUCAUCUCUUAUUGAUCCAGUGUUACCACAGGAGGAAACCUAAACAUAUUCCAUGCCUGUAUUCCACCAGUUUUUGGGUUCUAUUCUGUUUAAUUUGUCUAAUAAAUAUUUAUAUUGUGAUAUUAGUCAUAUGCGUAUCUCUAACUUCCCCUGUCGUAGGGAACUUAAGAUGUGCUUAACCUAAUCACGCAAAAACAAUUUAAAUUUGUUUUCAUCUGCAUCCGUCACUGUUUGUUUACAAAAAGAAUCCAUCUUAUAAUAUUGCCGCUUUGGUCAUUUUUGGUGGCGCGACUGUCAAAACAAACGCCUUCCAUUUGAAAAGAGUCCACACUCUGCCGACAAUGAUGAGUACGUUUCCUCUGGACACUCCGCUUUCCUCCAGACACAAAGCAGCUUAUUGUAGAAUACUACCUACACUGGACCACCGCGUUUGAGAUAUCUUUUUCAGGUAGUUCAGACACAAACCACGGCAGCUUAUUGUAGAAUACUACCUACACUGGACCACCACGUUUGAGAUAUCUUUUUCAGUAGUUCAGACACAAACCACGGCAGCUUAUUGUGGAAUACUACCUACACUGGACCACCACAUUUGAGAUAUUUUUUCAGAUCACUUGUUCAGACACUAUAGACCAAUUAUGUGUAAUUUCAAUAAUGAAAACGCAUGUGAAACUAAAGAUGUUUGUACCAUACAAGUGACUUUGUUUCAGCCUGAAAUAUUUGAUAGCUCACAAUAAAGAUUUUAGUCUUGUGCUUUUUGUUCUGAAAGAUCUUUUCUUUCUUCAAAGAACACAUUCCAUGCUAUCAAACUUAAAUUUCUUUCUUUAGUUCUAAAUGUGUAUAUAUAUAUAGUGUAUGUAAAGACGAUAAAAUUACGACUAAGAUUUCUAUAGCUCAAAUUCACAUUCGAAUAUGAUCAAAUGUGCUUGACGUCAAGGAUUAUACGUUUACCUAACAGACCUCCCCUAUAAUGACGGCAAACGCGCAAAACCAAUUUAUGCAUUGACCUGUGAAGUCGUUGGCUAGCCAAUAAAUUUCAUAAAAACACCAUUUGAAUUGCUCCUUAGAACAUAGCAAUAUAAGUAUUUUUCGCGUUGACGUCAUGAGAAAUGUCUACAUACUUAAAAUAACGGGAACCACUGAGUAUUUUAAUAAAAUAUAAAACAACGGUAACUCCGAAAAUCAACAUUUUAAUAUUCUAGCUUUCGACUAAGAUUCCUGUCAUCAUCAGGAUGAUGAUGAAUUGAUGAUUCCUAUGAUUUUUAUGAUGGCUGAAUCUUAGUCGAAAGCUAGAAUAUUAAAAUGUUUAUUUUAGAGUUGCCGUUGUUUUAUAUUCCACAUACUUAACUAUUUUUAUCUUUGCAACAAUUGUGAUAUUACUUCUGAUAACUGCAAUUUAUCCUAACCCACCCUGUCGACUUCCCUGUGGGAGGAAGCCGGAGCACUCGGAGAAAACCCACGACUUUCGGCAGAGCGUUGGCUGUCUCUUUUCACGGCAUGAGUCGUUAGGAGAACGGGAGUAUUGCAUGGGGGAACUCUGCAAUACACAGUAUAUAUAUAUAGUAUAUAUACAGUCUAAAACAUCAGUCAUUAUUUCUCGCUCCAUGACCAACAUCUGCUUCGCGAUACAGAGAUUUACUCAUAUUCAGCAGGAUCAUUUUAUGACACAAAGAGUUUUAGGAUUACAUAAUAAACAGUUUUGAAUUGGAGUGGUUUAUUUGCAUAUGAAAGAAUAUUGUGUGUUUAUGUCAUACCAUAUGGAAACAAUGAACUUUCGGCAUUGUCCAAACAUCAAAGUUCAAAUAACCGUUCAUUUCUAUAUAUAUACAAACAAUAAUCUUUGCAUGUUCUAAAAGUUAUUUCAAUCAAAGAAGUGUUUUAAAGGUACUCAGUAUACUAACAUCUGAGUUUUAUUCGAAAUUAGAUUAUUCUUCAAAAGUCUUUAUAUUUUCAAAUUGCUUAUCCGUUGGGUCAGAGAUGUUUUAUUUAACCAGGAAAUGUGGGGAAUUAUAACCGUCUCGUUGAACUCAAGAGUAAAGUUAAAUUACAAUUGGGUUUAACAUAUACAGGCAAGUUUUCGCGAUGGUUGGGAAAUGUUUCUUGUUGACAGGUAAAAAUGUUUAUAGUGUUGAGAUAUUAAUAGAACGUUGAAUAGAAUAUGCGCCAGUGUUAGAAAGGAGGGCCAUAAGGAUACAACUACCGAGAAAUUCAAAUUUCUGAAUAUUCACGAUUUAAAUAUAGGGGCUACUUUAGUGUUUAACUCUGUCUGACUUCUGACUAUUUUAUUUCACAGAGAGAUAGUUCUCUCGUAUUUUGGGACUUGAACAAGGUUUGUUAAACCUGAACGAUAUCAACUUGGCCAGCGCGCGGCUCACUUGAGCGGAAGGGAACGAGCAGUUCGCAGACUAGGUUGUGUGUUUUUACGCAUGCACUGCAGGGCGAGAGUAUUACUAAGGAAGAGUAACCCCUGCUGUGGUUUGAUGUACUUAAGAACCCAUUUAAGUACAGUUUCGGUUGCUUCGCUCAUGUGCUCCGAGAGUUGUUCUCCUCUCACAGAGAACUAAUCCUUAGUUCUUGGUUGUCGACCAUGUGUACCAUGAGCCUUUGUCUUGGGUGAAUUGGAAUAACCACACCCUGUGCAAUUUACAUUAAAUAAUUAUAAAUAUAUUAUUAUUUCAGAUUGAUCCAGAUGCAGGCAUGAAUGACAUAGCGAUACUCUCAGUGGCAAUCUGCGCUGUAGUUCUCGUGUUUGCAGCCGUGUUUAUCUCUUACGUAUAUCGUCGUCGGCAUCGUCGUCACGUGAUAGGAGAGAAAUCAUCUCCCUUCAAACCCAGCUAUGAGGUCGUUACCAUGAGGCCUAGCACGGGCUCGAGCUCGGAUCUCCUGGGGACUAGUAUGGGACCAGAUGUAUCCCCCGUUACUCCAACUGAAUUCUUCGGCGCAGGUAGGCCUUGCUUCAAUUUUUCAAUGUUGAGGUAGCACAUUGGUUGAUGCACGUGCCUUUCACGCGUGUAAUUUAGGUUUCCUCCUGUAGUAACACUGGUCACUGGAUCAAUAAGAGAUGAUCCUUACUCUAGGGAGAACAAUUUAGAACUGAUGGGGCUAUCCAGUGUAAAUAAAGUUGGUUUAGUUUAGGUUUCCUCCUGUGGUAAUACUGGAUCAAUAAGAGAUGAUUCUUACUGGACCUCCAGGAAGAACAGUUUAGAACUGAUAGAGCUAUCCAGUAUAAAUAAAGUUAGUUUAGUUUAGGUUUCCUCUUGUAGUAACACUGGACCAAUAAGAGAUGAUCCUUACUGGAUCUCUAGAAAGAACAGUUUAGAACUGAUAGAGCUAUUCAGUAUAAAUAAAGUUAGUUUAGUUUAGGUUUCCUCCUGUAGUAACACUGGACCAAUAAGAGAUGAACCUUACUGGACCUCUAGGAAGAACAGUUUAGAACUGAUAGAGCUAUUCAGUAUAAAUAAAGUUAGUUUAGUUUAGGUUUCCUCCUGUAGUAACAUUGGACCAAUAAGAGAUGACACUUACUGGACCUCUAGGAAGAACAGUUUAGAACUGAUAGAGCUAUCCAGCAUAAAUAAAGUUUGUAGGUUUCCUCCUGUAGUAACACUUUAUCAAUACUAUAAUUUUCUUCCAGAUUACGUGUCUCAUCCCGUCGCACAUCCGCGUCUCAAAGACAUUAACCGUUCAAUGUCGUCAUUUGAUGAUUUUGGUGAAAUAGACCCUGCUAUGUACGAGGUACAUGUAGGAUUUAAUUUUUUUUCAUAAAAAGUACGUUGCGGAGAUGUAUGCGCUCGUUAUCACAAUACCUCGUUCUGUUUCAGAUUGAAAACGCGGAUGACAGCGCUACACAAACCCCAUUUCUGGGUGAGAUUAAAUUCUCCCUUCUCUACGAUGCGUUUCGCAACAUCCUCCGAGUCACUCUCAUGGCGGCAUUCAAUCUCGCACGCCCGGAAGCCGACGACUCCAAACACCUCAACCCGUACGUUACCCUCACCCUACAGCCAGAAUAUCACCACCUACUACAGUCGAAAGUUCAACAGAAAACCAGAGCUCCGAUUUUUAAUGAGAAAUUUGAGUUCGAGGUCAUGUUCUCAAACCUGUAUUCUCAAACGCUGUGGUUUACAGUGUUCAAUUUUUCAUCCGACUCACGGCACACCGUGAUUGGCCAGGCCGUGUUGCCAUUAGAAGAUUUACAACCGUCCGUGGAGCAGAUUUUCUCGUUGGAUCUGAAACCAACCACUGAGGUAAGGGGGGAGUGGAUGGUUCGGGUGUAUGUCCUAGGAUUUUUUCGAUGGAAGAGUGUGAAUUUCAGUUGGUUCGAGUGCUGCACCGGAAUCACGGGGCUGCAGGCUCGAUACUUGCCAGAGAGCUUAUAGUUGUAGUUUUCGCAAUUGCUUCUGGGAUAUUGCAGACCUGACGAGUGUCUCGCAUUUGGAAAGUCACUCAUUUUAAUUUUGUUCCUGCAGACCCGCACGCAUGCCGGAAAUUGCUUUAAACUCGCGCGUUUCUUUUUCUACACGUGCUACGAAACACGAUAUUAGACGAACUUUUAAGAACUACUUUUCUUUUUCUACUACUUUUUUCUUUUACUUUUAAGAACUUUCUACGUCGGACUUAUUCGUUUUUACGUAAUUCAGUUUUUGACGUAGACAUGCCAUGUACCUGGUCUCUUGUUCGAGACUGCCCAUGUCAAAGAAAUUAAAAUAAUGUAAAGUUCUUUGAUUGAAGUAAAGUUCGUUUCGUGUACAUGCCCAAGUCACAUUUUUUCUAAACCAAGUUAGUUUCAUUUUCUGUACAAUUUUUCCAAAAUCUGCCUUUUACGUAUUUGAGAGAUCAGUUUGUGGGUAAGCGCAAAUCGAGCUUUGCCUCAACUAUAACUUAUAGUGUAAUGUAAAUAUAAUUGUAAAAUUUAUAAGGAGGUGCCUCGCAUGGGCUUUUUCUGAUCCGUUCGCACUUUUUCUUUUGGAAUACAUAUUUAAUGUUAUUGUUAAUAUUCCCACUAAAGUUAUAAAGAACUAUCAGGACGAUAUCUGACAUGAUUUGUAUCGAGAACCGUUACCAGUAUCGAUUACGCUGUUCUAGCUUGUUUCUAUGGGGCUGGUUGUAUAAAACUUUUAAUCGCUUUUAAUCACUUUUUAAUCACAUUUUUGUGAUUAAAUAGUAUUAACUCUACUUUCAGAAAUUCUUAUUGGUUAACUAAAUGCACUUAAUCAUAGUUAAAUUUAAUCACUUUUUUGUACAACCGUCCCCUGGAUAUAUAGUUGGUUUUGUUGAUACGUCAGUUUGUGUUGCAUAGUAAUUGAUGUUGUGAUUUCUUUAGCGAAUGCAGCUUGGUGACAUUCUCUUCUCUUUGGGUUAUCUCCGUAUUGCUGGACGUCUCACUUUGAUUGUAAUGAAAGCCCGCAAUCUACCACAGGCCAGUGUCAAGGGAACAGGUAUUAUACUUUAUCUAAGA